GAUGGGAAGGGCCACCUCACAGUGUCUCAGUUCAAGGGCAAGAGGGGCUUCAUGGCUUCUAAGGGCAAAGGGCCUAUGCCUCAGGGCAGUGCUCAGCCAAGUGCUGAGGGCAGUGCUCAGCCAAGCGCUCAGGGCAGUGCUCAGCCAAGCGCUCAGGAGCCACCUCCUCCUCCUCCCAUUUAUCCCUAUGCCAGCUCAAUCACUGAGCGCAUCAGCAAAUGGGGGGGGAAGUUGGAGGGCAUUGCAGCUGAUGCCAUGGAGUAUGAGAAGAAGCUCCUCCAGGCUCAGGAAAAACUCAGGACUGAGUGCGAAUUCCUGAGAGAGGCUGAGUUGCAGCUGAAAGAUUUGAGGCAGGUGGCCUCAGAGAAGGUCACUGAGCUGGAACAAUCUCAGACUGCACUUGCCCAGGAAAGGACUCAGCAGCUGGCCAAGCAGCUUGCUGAGGCAGGGCUUUGUCAGUACACUGCUGCUGAGCUUCAGAAAGCUUUGGAAUUCAUGAAGGCCUCAGGGGAGAGUGCACCAUCUCAGAUGGCUGCUGAGGAAAAGACAACAGCUCAACCUCAGCCACCUCAGCCAAAGGCACCUCCUCCUGAGCUGGAGCCUAAGAACAAG